ACUAAGAUUAGAUAGGUUAUCAAGGAUGACUCGGUUGACUCCGGUGCUGGCAAGGAAGGGAACUGCUGCUAAGCUAAGGCGAUAGUGCGAAGAUGCCAGGUGAGGUGCAUGGAAGGAUUCGUUGGUCCAGCCUCGUAAGCAGCCAAAUUUGUGUUCCAGCCUGAUGGAAGGUGUUCACCCAUCCCGGCUGAUGGCCGGAAUUCGGAAAAGUCUAGUAAGCAUCCCUGCAUGAUACUCGGCAGAAAUGUCUAUCGAUUCACUCGAGUGAAUAACAGGAACAGGGGUGUGCAUAUUAGCUUGGGAUUUAGUAUGAUUGCCACGGGCAAUCACAUCGCGCAUGUCGCAGACCACUCCGGACUAGGUGCAGUCGCCUCGACUAGACCGCCACUACUCGGUACUAGUGAUGAGACCGAGGCCGCGGACGCAGCCACCCUCGAGCAACUAGCAAGGUUUCUGGUUAUCAGCGCAAAUGAAACCGACGGCCGCCUCGCGGAGAACGGCUCCAUAGUUAAUAAGGUUGCAGUCUGGCUCCGGCGACGGCGAGGGACUAUAGUAGUGCUGACAGGUCAUCCUUUGAGCUCCACCGCCGAACGCUCGGGGGAAAGAUUCCGGGCUGGCGCUGGCGCUGAUCGCCGGGGGAUUUGCCCAGAGCAGUUAGGGUUGGUGGCAGGAGCGCCGGCAAGCUUCCUGGUGGGCCGCGGGCGGAUCGUCUGGCGAACGAGAUCCGUCCCGGACCACCCCCGAGAAGUGGAAUAUCAAUUUGGAUCCAGGCGCGCAAUCAAAAUCCUGUCCAUUUGAGUUUCGUAGUGUUAUCGGUGGAUGAAACAAGUCAUACGAUAAAUGAAUUCUCAAUAUUAACACCCCUUUUGCUGCGGCUGUAGGGCCACGCAAGGAUCCCGAUCCUGGCCGCCAUCUCUAUAUAUGAAUGGUUAAUUAACAUAGCCUUCGAGUCCGUUCAUCCGGCGAAA